ACCGGGAGGACAUGAAACCAGAGCGUUUGACGAAGGUAAAACUUGAUCCUUGUUGCAAUUAGUAUGAGUUUGAAUCACAUAAUCAAUGACGUGGCAAGAUCAGAGCCGUCGAAUGUACAAAUUACGCGUUACGCACAAAACCCAACUGCUCAACAAACUUGCUCUCCAUUCCCGCCCUUUAAAUCCCUCACAUUCCUCUGCCAUUCAAAUUUCAAAUACUCAAAUCUCUCUCUCUCUACCCUCUCCAUUUCUCUCUCUAAGAUUUCCACUCUCACGGAACCACCAAACGUCGCCGUUUCGUCAACCUAAACCACAGAGAGCGAAGAUGAAAGCCGAAGAUCAAAGCCAGAUGCAACUCAUCGAACGCGAAGACAUCGACGACGAAGACGACCUCUUCGAAGUGAUCGAUAAGUUGAUUGCUCAGGGAAUCAAUGCCGGAGAUGUUAAGAAGCUUCAGGACGCAGGGAUCUACACCUGCAAUGGUUUGAUGAUGCACACCAAGAAGAACUUGACCGGAAUUAAAGGCUUAUCUGAGGCCAAAGUUGAUAAGAUUUGUGAAGCUGCUGAGAAGAUAGUGAACUUUGGAUAUAUUACAGGGAGUGAUGCUCUAACCAGAAGGAAGUCUGUGAUUCGCAUUACAACUGGGAGCCAAGCACUUGAUGAACUGUUAGGCGGUGGGGUUGAAACUCUAGCAAUCACAGAAGCCUUUGGGGAAUUUAGGUCUGGGAAAACACAGCUUGCACACACACUCUGCGUAACUACACAGCUUCCCACUAACAUGCAUGGAGGGAAUGGAAAGGUUGCUUACAUUGAUACUGAGGGAACUUUCCGGCCUGAACGAAUAAUACCUAUAGCUGAAAGAUUCGGCUUGGACCCAGGAGCUGUCCUCGAUAAUAUUGUUUAUGCCCGUGCUUUUACAUAUGAGCAUCAGUAUAAUCUGCUUCUUGGUCUAGCUGCAAAAAUGGCUGAAGAGCCAUUCAGACUUCUGAUUGUGGAUUCAGUGAUUGCUCUAUUUCGUGUUGAUUUUACUGGGAGAGGAGAGCUUGCAGAUCGCCAGCAAAAACUUGCACAGAUGCUUUCCCGAUUAAUAAAGAUUGCUGAGGAAUUCAAUGUCGCUGUCUAUAUGACCAACCAAGUGAUAGCUGACCCCGGUGGUGGAGUGUUCAUAUCUGAUCCAAAGAAACCAGCAGGAGGUCAUGUGCUUGCCCAUGCAGCAACCAUAAGGCUCAUGUUUAGAAAAGGCAAAGGGGAACAGCGUGUCUGCAAGGUGUUUGAUGCCCCAAACCUGCCUGAGGCUGAAGCAGUUUUCCAGAUAACUGCAGGAGGCAUUGCAGAUGCAAAGGACUGAAGUGCAACACCUUUCUGUGACACAAGAAGCAACAAAAUACUCAUAGUUGGUAAAAAGUGGCACUGAUAUGCAGAGAGGAGAGGCAUGGUAUAGAGUGGUAACGAUAAGCGUAAACAUAAUGCACUAGCAACUUAUGCUAGAAAAUGAAUGACUUCAGUAUUGAAUGUUUGAGCAAGGUUGCUUUACCUGAGUGCUUAUCUAGUGUGCAAAAGCAUCUAGCACACUUAAAUUGCUUUUCUUAUACGAUACUUGUUUUACAUGUACUACUCUAUCUAAGAAAACUUUAUUAUCUGAUUUAGAAAGAACAAAAACUUUAGGCAUAAGUAUCAGGGCACCACAGUAUUAUUCCUUAAUUGGCCAGUUAUAAAGGUCUUCUCUGUUCUUGUGUCUGUAGGUAUGAGUAACCUCAAGUUAAGGACUUGCCAUCAAAAUCUUAUUACUCUUGUCAAAGUGUCUUUGCAAAUCAAUUUCUUUUUUCCAUAAAUUAUUGCCUACAGAACGUACCUAGCCCAUUCUUACCUCAAACACCUAACGUCUUUCUCAUUCUCUUUAGUGGGUUCAGUAAGAAGCAGCAAUCAAGACUUAUUUUGAGGAACAGAAAAAUAUAACAGGCUACUUUUUUAGUAAGGCUCCCAAGGACCAUCAAUGAUUUUCUAAGACCAAGAUUAGUUUAAUAUGUAUGAUCACAUUGAACACAGA